AUGAGGGUAGACGAUAUCAUGAACGAAGAAGAACUAGUCAACGCAAACAGAAGCAUCAAUUUUGACGAGCUUCUCAAUGCAGACCACUUCGUUGUUUCAGACGAGACCAUCAACGCACAAGAACCCGUCAAUCUAUUCGAGUUUAACAAUGCAGAUCAAGUUGAUACUUCAAGUCAAGUCACCGACCCUGAUGGGUUCCAGAACGCAGGGUGGACCAUGGGCGGAGAGAAUGCCUUGAUGACCAACGGGUUCAUCAACAGAGAAGAUCCCAGCAACUCAGCAGGACUGCACGGCACCGGUUGGCCCAUGGCCGAAGAAAGCGUUUUGGGAACAGACGAAUUCAACAACACAGAAGAGCAUAUAAACCUAUACGAAGACAUGAACGCAGACAACAACACCAAUGCAAAUAAAGCCAGGAAGUUGAGAAAGCUCAGAAGCGCAGAUGAAAUCCAGAGUGGAGGAUUGGCCAUGGGCGACGAAGUAGUCAAGAGCACAGACGCGCUCUACAUCGCCUUUCUCACCGUCCCUCGCGAAGAAACAUUCGCCGGGAUGCCAGCGGCAGAUAGAUUCAAGGAUAUCGUGGGUUCACAAAGGCUUUUCUUUCGCUGCCACUGGAUAAAUGAUCCUCAAUAUGCUCCCGACCCUGAUACACCCUUCGAUGACGAGCGGUUUAGCCAGAUACGAGGCGAAUAUCAUGAUUGCCGAAAAUUUGUCUUGAUCGUCGCCCACGCAGAAUACGAACGACUGUACGAAUACUGCAAAGCAAUGUACCAUGCACCAAAGUAUCUCCCUCGCAGGUCUGUGCUGUUUGAUCAAGUACUUCAAGGCUGUCGCAUAGAGGACGUCUGUCUCGGCCUGUGCCAGAGCAAAUACGACCAGACAGGAUUCCUCGUGUGGUAG